UGUCCUGGUCUCGCCCGGAUCAUUUCCCCCACAAAGUCCUGCAAUCUAGGUCCAGCAGUUCGAUCUCUUUCUCCUGCCAAUUCUUGAAACUUGAGGUUGUGUGAUUGAUCAUGACGAUUCCUGAUUCGAGUUUUAUGAUGGAUAAUGGGGCAAGUUGCUUGCCGCACCCUCCCGAGGAGGAGAAUCGAAUCGUAACGGAUUUGAUGAAUAAAUCGGAGUCUAAUUUGAAAGAAGGCAACCUCUAUUACGUCAUUUCCAACCGGUGGUUUACAAGCUGGCAGAGGUAUGUUGGACAAGGCAAUGGUGAAUGUUCAACUGAUAAGCAGUUUUCUGAUUCUCAACAAUCAAAUGUGGUUCCUUCGAAAAUGGCGGAUAGACCUGGACCAAUCGAUAAUUCUGAUAUAGUUCUAGACAAUAAUGAUUGUGAGAGCAAUGAUUUAGAGGUUCGUAGAGGAUUGCAUGAAGGGGCGGACUAUGUUUUAGUUCCUCAAGAAGCUUGGGAAAAGCUUUCUGAUUGGUACAAAGGAGGACCAGCAUUACCGAGGAAGUUGAUUUUACAAGGUGUCAAGCAGCAUCAAUUUAAUGUGGAGGUUUACCCACUCCGUCUUAAUUUGGUUGAUUCAAGAGACAAUAGCGAAUCAGUUAUAAGUUUAAGCAAAAAGGCUUCUAUACGUGAGCUUUAUGAGACAGUGUGUGCACCUAGAGGAAUAGAAUAUGGAAAGGCUCGUAUUUGGGACUACUUCAAUAAGCGGAAACAUACAGAACUAAAUAUUUCGAACCAAACCCUGGAGGAAUCAAACUUGCAGAUCAAUCAGCAUAUCUUUCUGGAGGUACAAGCUGAUGGACAUUGUUCUUCUCAAUUUGGCAUGGAUUCAACAGGGAAUGAGUUAGCUUUGGUACCUCUAGAACCUUCAAGAUCAUCUUUGACAAUUGCUGGGGGGCCAACUAUGUCGAAUGGUCAUUCAACCGGUUAUAGUUUUAAUUUGAAUCGGGGUGCUUUGACUACAGGAUGCACCGAUAUAGAUGAUAGAUAUGAUAGUUAUAACUCUGUGAAAAAAGGAGAUCGAGGGGGACUGGCAGGACUGCAGAAUCUCGGAAAUACUUGUUUUAUGAAUAGUGCCAUUCAGUGUUUAGUCCACACGCCCCCUCUUUUUGAGUAUUUCCUGCAAGAUUAUUCUGAGGAGAUCAACACAGAAAAUCCACUAGGAAUGAAUGGUGAGCUUGCGAUUGCCUUUGGUGAGCUACUGAGAAAAUUGUGGUCCUCUGGGCGAACAACAAUUGCUCCGCGUCCAUUUAAGGGGAAACUGGCUCGAUUUGCUCCACAAUUUAGUGGUUAUAAUCAGCAUGACUCUCAGGAACUUCUUGCCUUCUUACUAGAUGGGCUACAUGAAGAUUUGAAUCGUGUCAAACAAAAGCCUUACAUUGAAACGAAGGAUUCAGAUGGUCGAGCAGAUGAGGAAGUUGCGGAUGAGUGCUGGAAUUAUCACAAGGCCCGGAAUGAUUCUGUAAUUGUUGAUGUUUGCCAAGGUCAAUACAAGUCCACACUGGUUUGCCCAGUGUGUGGCAAAAUCUCAAUUACUUUUGACCCUUUCAUGUACUUAUCGUUGCCAAUGCCUUCAACGGUGACCCGAACAAUGACAGUAACCAUGUUUUAUGGUGAUGGAAGCGGUCUUCCUAAGCCUUACACUGUGACUGUGCCUAAACAUGGUUGCUGUAAAGAUCUUAGCCAGGCAUUGGGUACUGCAUGCUGCUUGAAGGGUGAUGAAAGCCUUCUUCUUGCAGAGGUUUACGAACAUGGUAUCCAUCGGUAUUUUGAGAACCCUUUGGAACAAUUAGUUUCAAUAAAGGAUGAUGAACAUGUUGUUGCCUACCGACAAUCCAAGAAGGUUACAGGAAGAAUAAAACUAGAAAUUAUUCAUCGAGUGCAGGAAAAGCAGGAAAAAUUCACAUCAGAGAAUCUUAGGGGUGGGGGUAGGAAGCUUUUUGGAACACCUCUGGUGACUUAUUUGGGUGAAGAUGCUCUAAAUGGAGCUGAUAUCAGUUUAGCUGUUUCUAGAAUGCUCUCACCUCUGAGAAAAAGAUAUUCUUCUUUGACUAAAGCUCAUAACAGCAAGGAAAAUGGCUUUGUUUCAGAAGCUACAAAUGAACCGUUGGGCAGCUAUAAUUCUCAAUCCGGGCCAGGAGACCAAUCAAUCAACAACACAGAACUAGAGGAAACAUCCAGCAGGGACAUGUCCUUGCAGCUCUCUUUAACUAAUGGUGAUUUGAGCUGUAAGCCAAUUGAAAAGGAUACUCUUAUAAAAUCCAGUCAACUUGUUAAGGCUUUUCUGGACUGGAGUGACAAAGAGCAUGAAUUAUAUGAUUCCAGUUACCUCAAGGAUCUCCCAGAGGUUCACAAGACUGUGUUCACUGUUAAGAAAACCCGGCAGGAAGCUGUCUCUUUGUUUUCAUGCUUGGAGGCAUUUUUGACGGAAGAACCUCUAGGGCCAGAUGACAUGUGGUACUGCCCAAGGUGCAAGGAACAUAGACAAGCGACAAAAAAACUUGAUUUGUGGAUGUUACCGGACAUCCUUGUCGUUCACUUGAAACGGUUUUCUUACAGCAGAUAUUUGAAGAACAAACUUGACACUUAUGUGAAUUUCCCCAUUCGUAAUCUUGAUUUGAGCAAAUAUGUGAAAAGCAAAGAUGGGAAAUCUCACGUGUAUGAGCUAUAUGCCAUCAGCAACCAUUACGGUGGUCUUGGUGGUGGGCACUACACUGCAUAUGCCAAGUUGGUCGAUGAGAAUAGAUGGUACCAUUUUGAUGAUGGUCAUGUUGCUCCAGUUGAUGAAAAUGAGAUCAAGACGUCGGCUGCAUAUCUAUUAUUCUAUCAAAGAGUUGAAACUGGACCAAGGGCGGAGGAAGGAGAGACAUCGCAGGCUAACAUGGAUUUCUGAAGGCAACUAUUGGGUUCAUUAUGUCGUUCCGUUGCUUUAAAGCUUCCCUUUUACAAGGUGUUGCUGAUUUUUGUUUAGGCAUCAAUUCCACAGAAUGAUGCGUUUGCUUACCUGAACAAACUUGGAAACCCACUGCAUGAUAUAAAGGGUCACUGAGAUUAAUGUCGACAUACCCAAAAUUGGAAGUGGUUUCAGAACAUUGGCUCGGCUUAUAUGGUUUGCGGUUGGCUCACUCUUGCCCUUUGUUGUGGGAGCAAGGGAUAGUUUCUUGUUAAUUUUUUGAUAUGGUGGGAUUUUGGCUUAGCUAUUAGGCUGCGUAUGGAUAGAUUUCUGGCUGUACUGUUCUAUGCGGAGUGGAUGUGGGCAACUCUCCCCACACCAUCUCUUUUCCAAAGUGUCCUGCUGCCGUUCAAGUUCUGUAAGGUAUUUAGAAGUAUGAUAAUGGCUGCAAUGUCUGGACGGUACGGCCCAAUGUAAUCCGGAGAUAGAUUGUACUUGUAAGCUUUAAGCUUGAGUUUCAAAGACGAAAAAGGAAAAGGAACAAAUCAAACUGGCAUUUUUGCCACAUCCUCAUUUUAAUAAGAUUUGUUAUAAUUUUAGUU